CCAUCUCUCCGCUUGAAAGGAGCGUCACCAAACACAGAGAGAUCGAUCGAUCACUCAAGCUAGGACUACAGAUGGCCGUGAGGAACAAAGCGCGAGAGAUGAGACUGAUAGCCGCUCUCUUCGUGCUCAACUGCCUCCUCAAGACAACGACGACGAGCCCCGCCACCUCGGCGUACUCACGUGGUGAUGCGCUCGCGUGGAGGCCAGCCACCUCCUUACUCCACCAGCUCCGCCACCUCGGGGUUCGCGCGCUGAUCCGUGACGAUGCCGAGGCCACCGCGCUGGCGUCCGCCGACUUCGGCAACGUGUCGGACGCCCAGCCGCCGCCGGCAGCCGUGCUCUACCCGUCGCUCCCCGAGGACAUCGCCAAGCUGCUGCGCGCCUCGUGCACGCACCCCUCCCCGUUCCCCGUGUCUGCCCGGGGCUGCGGCCACUCGACCCGAGGCCAGGCGUCCGCACCCCGCGGCGUAGUCGUGGACAUGAUGUCGCUCGGGUGCCACGCCGGCGGCUCAAGCAUCCGCCUCUCCGUCUCGGUCGACGGCCGCUACGUCGACGCCGGCGGCGAGCAGCUGUGGGUGGACGUGCUGCGUGCAGCCCUGGCGCACGGCCUCACCCCGUGGUCGUGGACCGACUACCUGCACCUCACCGUCGGCGGCACCCUCUCCAACGCGGGAAUCAGCGGCCAGGCCUUCCGCCACGGCCCCCAAAUAUCCAGCGUCCAAGAACUCGACGUGAUCAGCGGGCUCGGGGAGAUGGUGACAUGCUCAAAGGAUAAGCACGCGGACCUGUUCGACGCCGUGCUGGGCGGGCUGGGGCAGUUCGGUGUCAUAACGCGGGCGCGCAUCCCGCUGAUGCCGGCGCCGGCGAGGGCGCGCUGGGUGCGACUCUUCUACACGAGUGCGGCGGCGCUCACGGCCGAUCAGGAGGGGCUCAUUGGCAUCAACCUCGGCACCGCAGUCUCCGGACUCAUGGACUACGUCGAGGGCUCGGUGGUGCUCGCAGACCAGGGCCGAGCAGGGAGCUGGCGCUCGUCCUUCUUCUCGGACGCCGACGCGGCGCGCAUCGCCGCGCUCGCGGAGGAGGCGGGCGGCAUCCUUUACUGCCUCGAGGGAGCGCUAUACUACGGCGGCGCUGCCGCUGCUCGCGGCGGUGAGUCUGACGUCGAUCAGAGGCUGGAUGUGCUACUGCGGGAGCUGCGGUACGCGCGUGGGUUCGCGUUCGUGCAGGACGUGUCGUACGCGGGGUUCCUUGACCGGGUGCGCGACGGCGAGCUCAAGCUCCGCGCUGCCGGCCUCUGGGACGUGCCGCAUCCCUGGCUCAACCUCUUCCUCCCGCGCUCCCGCGUCCUCGACUUCGCUGUCGGCGUCUUCCACGGCAUCCUCCGCCGUGACAGCACCACCGGCGCCAUGGGACCCGUCCUCGUCUACCCCAUGAACCGGAACAGGUGGGACCCUGACACGUCAGCUGUGUUCCCGGACGAGGAGGAGGUGUUCUACACCGUGGGCAUCUUACGGUCGUCGGUGCCGGCGUGGACGGACGACGGUCGCCAGCUGCUGAGGCGCCUGGAGGAGCAGAACGAAGAGAUCUUAAGAUUCUGCGAGGAGAUGGGGAUACCUUGCGUGCAGUAUCUGCCGUAUUACGGCGACCAGGAAGGGUGGGAGAAGAAGCACUUUGGUCCAGCCAAGUGGGCCAGGUUCGUCGAGCGGAAGAGGAAGUAUGAUCCCAAGGCGAUCCUGUCCCGUGGUCAGAGAAUUUUCACCUCCCCGCUGGCUUGAUCCAUCCAUCGAUCGAUGAUGACCUAGCUAGCUAUCUGAUGCGAUAUGCAUGGAUGUUAUCAUGAUAUUUCCUUUUUACGUGGUCCCGGCCUGAGCACCGAUCGGAAUAUAUAUACGUAUGGUACAUAUCA